GAGGGCGCGACCCCGAGGAGCGGCGCCCCCCUCCCCCGCCCGGAGCCGGCGGGUGGCGUGGCUGCACUUGAAAGAAACGGCCUCCGCGGGCCGCCGCCUCCCGGGGCUCCCGAGGGCCUGGUACCGCCCCCAGCACCCCAAGUACAGCGGCUGCCAGCCCCGGGAGACAUCCCACCCCAGCCAAGGGCGGGUUCGCGGAGAAGAGACGAUGCUUAAGGCUACAAGGACAGCAGUCUCCUGGACCACCUGAAUUGCCCUUGAAGCUUGAGUUAUGACAUCAGGGGCGAAUAUGCUGGACCCCCAAAGUGAACUGGAGUUUUUUAACCAAGACAAUAUGGAGGAGAUCUCCCAACUCGCUACCCUGGAGAUGUCAAGGGAGGCAAUAGCCAGGAAGAAAUCUUUAGCCGUUGUCCCGGAAAAAGCUUACUAUCCAGACUCCGUGUACGUUAUGGCAGCGAACAUUUUUCAGGGUAUUCAAAUCGAAAAGUCGCCAGACAGAGUCAUAAUAAAGUACGGGAAUGAACCCCUGCCGUGCUGGUUCCAAUCUGAGGAUGAAUCUUUUCAGCGUUUGUCCUAUGAGCUGGCUUUCAGUACCCUGAAGUAUCAAGAUAUUUUGGAAACUAUAUUAAUAGACAGCUAUAUCUUCCCAAGUACCAAAAUACCAGAUCAGUUGAGCAGUCUUAUUAUUGUGAUGCUGUACGAUUUCCAAGAUAGAAAAUUUCAACCCCGUGUCCUUCCCGAUAAUGAAGAGUCCAUAUCAGAAGUUCAAGAAGUAGAGAGCCUUCUUAACAGCUUUAAGACAAAAUUGGCUGCAGCAUUGGCAAGAUGUCGGAUCAAGCAUGAUGCUCUCUCGAUUUACCAAAUCCUCCCGGAGACAGUCAGGAGACAGGAGCAGAGGGCCUCCACUCUGCCUCUCUAUGCUUGGAUAAACACUGGUAAAAUCAGCCCUGAAGAAGUUUAUAGUAGUUUGAGGAGAAAAGGUUAUAAUAAAGUCAAAUCUGUAUUGCAUCUCGAUGAGAAAGUGUUUGCUGUGGAUCAGCAUUGCUAUGAUGUCUUGAUUUUCCCAUCUCAUCUCAAAAAAGAUCUUGCAAACAUAGAUCUUUUCAAAGAUUAUAAACUCAUUUUUCAGGAUAAAUCUCGAAGUCUUGCUGUCCACUCUGUAAAAGCUUUAUUAAAUAUGGAUGAUGAUAUCUUAAUGGUCAACACAGGCUCAUGGUACACAGUUGCCCAUAUGUCAAUCUUAACAAAUAAUAAUACUUCAAAAAUAUUUGUAUGUGGGAUACAAUCACCAGAUAAGGAACCUGACGUGAAGAAACUUUUUACAAAAAUGGGAUGUCAAAAUAUUGAGAUCCUUCCUGAGACAUUUAUUGGCCUCGAAUCCAAGGACCACAGGCUACAGAAUGUCAAGGUCAUUCUGCUGUUGCCUCGCUGUUCAGGACUAGGUGUUAGUAACCCGGUGGAGUUUAUUUUAAACGAACAUGAAGAUACAAGUUUACUUCAAGAUCUUUCUCAAGGCGGUCCACCAAAAAGUAAACUUCAGAUUCUUGUUCAGCAGCAAUAUGAACAGCUAACGCAUGCAAUGAAAUUUACUAAAGUGCAGGCCGUUGUUUACUGCACAUGUUCUGUUUAUACAGAAGAAAACGAAGCUGUUGUUAUGAAGGCACUGGAAUGUCAAACCCAGGGGAUUAAAAUACAGCCUUACAGACUCAGUCCCCCCGUUCUUCCACUGUGCUCCCUAGAAGAAAUACAAUUGUCUAUGGACAAGUUUUUCAGAGUGGAACCAUCCGAUGUUACCAAUGGUUGUUUCCUUUCUAUUUUAACAAGAGAGCGAGAUCCCUCCGAGACAGUGUCUGUGAAGGAUGUUCUGGCCCGAGCUGCAGCCAAAGGUCUACUGGAUGGGGUUGACGUUGGGAAGUCAUUGAAACGGGAGAAGAAGAGGAAGAAAUCCAAAACAACACUGCCCAAAGCUCCUGCUCAUGAUAACAGUGGCAUCCAAAUGAAAAUCACUGAGUUCCUGAGUCGAGAAGGUAAACUGAGUACUUUGCAAGGCGAGGUAUUAACAGUAAAAACACCUCUCCCACCAAAAACGGUGUCUCAAGUGGGCACUUCCUCCCAGGUUAGAAAAGCCGGCAGGCCUGCCACCAACAAUACUUUAGUGACCACACUGAUGAAGACCACCUGUCCUCCCAGGCCAGAAGAACGGCCGACGAACUUGAGACGAACUCGGCCAGAAGGCAGAGUGAUUCCUCUGAAAUCCGUGGAGAUUGCCUUGCCGCCGGUGAUGUUCCCAUUCUCGAGUCCCCAGGGGGUCAGAGCUCAGAUCCCAACAAACAAUUUUUACUAUCGCUUGGUUGGAGCAAAGGCUACUAUGCCGGGCUAUGUUCCACCCUCCCCGCCCAGGAGAGGGGAGAAGUCUAAGGAAAGCACCCCCUCCUCCUUCCUUAAACACCCUAAACCAUGGCUUUGACUGGGCGGCCCUCCUUCUUCCAGGGUGGCUGGGAGUUCUCUACAUUUAGACACCCUUACACAAGAUACUGGGGCUUUGAGUAGCUUAGUAUCUUAUAGUGCAAUUUUACCUCCCGAGAAUGAAGACAGAUGAGAACUACCAAUGGAGGGGAUCGAGUGAGCGAACGGAGGUCUCAUCAGCUCAGUGCUAAUCUGUUUUAGGAUGCCCAGUUUCAGACCGGCUCAGCUGGUAGAACUUGGCUCACUCACUCCGGGGAGUCUGAAGUGCGGGCUGAGCAGCUGUCUUACCUGAAGGGAGCCGAGGAUACCUCCCAGCAGGCUGCUCUGCAGACUUCCUUGAGGGGCUUGGGAGAAGUCCUCAGAUACAAAGACUGCUGUCCCCUCCUGCCCGCUCCAGCUCCAGCCAGGAACCUGAACCCACUCCUUAGCCAGGCAGUUACUGUGUGUAGUUGAAGCCUCUUGAAUCCCAAAUGAGGCCAGCCUUUCCCUUUAGCAUCCCACUGUUCCUGAAACAGUACUUGCCAGGAGGUUCUGUAAUGGAUUGAGCUUUGAGUAGGAGGACAGGAAAUGUCUAGUGCCAGGUGUGCAGUCCAGACGUCCACACAAAAAAAGAGGGUUCUGGAGAGUUUCCAGAUUCCCUCCCUUCUGUUUACGUCAAACAUUGUUGGAAAAAGGACAGUGAGCAAAUUUCUACCUAGUUAUUCUUGUUCUGAGAAAGAGGCCUAACUAUUGAACACACGCAAUGGAUCAUUGAAAAAACUCCCAGAUUUCUGAUUCUAUGCAAUGAUCAAGUGACAGAGCCGAAUGUACAGGUCAUUUCGAUGGCACAUGGUGACCAAACCUUGGUAACUCAUUUCUGAUGCACAAUUAAAAUAUAUUGUAGCACUAUGUUAAUACAUUAAAUGUCAAUUACUUUUAGCUAUAUUAACAAUUGCCUGCCAAUAUUGACAUGAUUAUCGUUUCUGGGUCUGAUUUUUUUCAUCAUGGCAACAGAAAUUGUUUGACACUAAAUAAAGUUAUGACUAAAAGUCUUA